AUGUUCCUCAAGGCAAAAUUGUUUGCCCCGGUUGCUUUGGCGGCAGUCUGCGGGGCAAAUAUUGCACGCGAUAUUGAACCAUCGACCACUUCGAUUACCCAUGAAUUGGCGUAUCAAUGCUUGAUGUCGAUGCCUUUUGAUUCGGACCGUGCGGUUGUUUUUUUGACUCAAGUCCGGAAAAUGCUUGAGUUUCAGUCAACGGUUGAUAUUCUCAAGAAUCCACCGUCUGGUUAUGACAUGCCUGCUGUCGAUCUUCUAGGAGGGAUUGACUCUAUUCUAGACAAUGUCAACAACGAAACCUAUUCUAGCCAAUUUGAGAUGGACUUGGAUGUCUCUAAUCUCAUAACAUCUGCUCAUGAUGGUCACUUGGUAUUUCAACUGUGUUCGCAGUCAAUCUUCAGCUUUCAAAUUGAUUUGCCUCUUGUGUCUAUCUCGUCGGAUGGGCUUUCACUGCCGGAAGUGUACACGAUGAGCGAUGCGAAGGCUCAAAAAGAUGGUUUGAAGGACGUGUCACCUAUUGAAUCCAUAAACGGCACUGCUGUUGCCGAGUAUCUUGGAUCAUAUGCGUUCAGCCAAAGUCUUCAAGACCGUGAUGCGCAGUACAAUCGAGUCUUCCCGGCACUGGCACGCACCUUUACCAAUACGCCUACAAACCAGAAUGGCAUCUGGGUUACCAAUAGUGCUUGGACUGAAGGGUCAGAGCUCGUCGUCAAGUACGCCAACGGAAGCAGCCAUACUGUACAGAAGACCGCUACGCCAAUGGAGCGAUACUUCUCCUAUCAGAAUGGAACAGAACUGUACAAUAUCAACUGUCUUCCGCAAAGCUUGCCAACGGAGACGAGCUCUGACGCGGGCGCUGAGCAGGCAUCCGAAGAUACUGGGCUCCCUGGUGCUACAUUGGGCAAUCCUGAGAGCUCUAUUGCUGGCUACUUCUCAAACCUUACUAGUCUUCAAGACACGGCUAUUCUCUUCUUGCCGACAUUCUCCUCGAGUCCAACCCAAGUGGCUCAAGUGGCUGUUGACUUCUUACAAAAUGUCACAGCAGCCGGAAAGAAGAAUAUCUUGAUCGACGUUACUGCCAAUCCUGGAGGAUACAUGUCUACAGGUAUAGACAUGUCCCGUAUUUUCUUCCCAAACUCAUUCCCCUAUACAGCGACACGAUUCAGAGCCCAUGAGGCUGCGAAGUAUCUGACCCAGGCCUACUCGCGUGAUAACACCAAGGAUACGAGCAAUAUCUUCGCCUACAAGGAAAUGGUCACACCGAACCAGCAGAAUGGUUUCCUUUCCUGGGAAGAUCUUUAUGGUCCUCAUGAUAUCUUGGGAAGCUCUUCAUCUAGCCUCCUGGCCAAUUUCAACUACACAUCUUCCUCAUCCAAGUCAUUCCCGAUUAAUGGAUACGGUUCUGUUCCGCUGAAUCCAAACAAGGCUCUCUUCGCCGCAGAAAACAUCGCUAUCAUAACAGACGGCGACUGCGUCUCUACCUGCGCCUUCUUCGUCAAAUUGAUGAAGCGCCAAGGCGUCCGCACAAUCGCCUUCGGUGGCCGUCCCACAAAUGAACCCAUGCAGGGCGUUGGCGGCGUAAAGGGAGGCCAAUCUCUUGGAGUCGACUAUAUCAACGGCUACAUCCAGCAAGCGAACACACUGAUUCGCAACACAGCCAACACAUCCUCUCCACUCCUCACACGGGCCGAAUGGAAGAGAUUCAAUGAGUCCAGCCCUAGUCUUGCAGAAUCUUUCGCAUGGAGCGGCAAUUUGAAUCUGCGUAAUGAGUAUGAUCCGGAUGAUGAUGAGACGCCGUUGCAGUUUGUUUAUGAAGCAGCGGAGUGUCGACUUUUCUACACACUGGAGAAUUACUUGCAGCAGGAGACGGUCUGGGAGGCUGCUGCUAAGGCGAUGUUUGGGAGUUUUGGAUGUGUGAAUGGGUCUACCGGUGGGACGGGUAGUUUGGAUGAUUCGUGA